ACCUGGUUUCGUUCAAUAAAAUAGUCAGGUAAAGAGCAGAACGUCCAUUUACGUGUCCCACAGAACAUGCACAGCAUGAAGAGGAAAACUGGAGCUAUGUUCACCUACAUCCAACUUCUGAGUUUGCUUUGCAUUCAGUAUGCAGUUUCAGCACAAAUUCAGGUAGACAUUCCAGACUUGAACACUGGACCGGGGGAAGAGGCUAAUUCUUGUGAGGCAUGUGAAAUGAUCGUGGAGCGUGUUAAAGGCCUGCUUUUGAAACCAGAAGUUCAGGAGAUGAUCAAAAACAACAUGACUACAGUGUGUGACAUGCUUCAAAAGGCGGGGGCAGCAGGGUUGUGCAAAGCCGUGGUGGACAGAUACCUCCCCAUAGUCUUCAUCGCCGCCGAAAAAGUCUUGAACCAAGAUGAUCUUUGUUCUAACUUGGACCUUUGUGGUGAAAAUGAGAUGACGAUCAUGAUGGAACAAGUUAGAACUGCCCUCACGUCACCUUACCUCGAGCAAACCCCAAGGACCUUUUGCUUCCUGUGUACCUUUGUCGUCGACCGAGUGCUCGGACUGCUCCCCAUAGACCAAGUCGAGGACGUCCUUGUCACAGUGCUGGGCCUGGUGUGUGACGUUCUUCCGGGCGCCAUCCAGCUGACGUGUCACACGCUUGCGGACACGGUCAUCUCCACGCUGCUCGGCGUGCUCAGGGGCGUGUUGUCCUCCGACGUCAUCUGUGGAAUACUGCAGUUCUGCAGCCACGCAGAGGAAGCUACUCUGAUGCCUGUGUAGGUGUUUGACGGGAUGCACUUCUAAGGAUCAGCCCUACACUGACCUGCCUGUCCUUCGUCAAAGGAGUCAAUUUGUGUGUGAUGUGUCUGGAUCUCAAUGUACCGGAUCUCAAUGACUGUACCUUGGAAUCAAUUUUAGAUGCCAUUUGUCUUAUUUCUACCAGGUGUUUUCAUACAUUUCAUACAUACUUGUGUCACUCAGUCUCUCUCUAGUCAGUUCAGGUGAAUUGGUUCAGCUAGCUCUUUGGGUUGCCAUCAAGAACUGUUUAUCUCAUUAACUUUCAUCAAGCUUCAUCUAUUUCAUUUUUUUUUUUAAGUUUCACUGAAUGUCUGAAGUACCUCAUUGAAAUGACGUCAGAUCUAUUUCUGAAUGUGUUUCAACUCUCUCCUUCUCUGUUGAAUUGUUGAAUUCAUUAUAAAGAUUGCUUCUGUAAUUCUUUCAAUAAAUUCUCCUUGACCAGCACACAUA